AUGGAAGGGCGUGAACCAGUGCGCUGUUGGACGUGUUCCUCUGACCUGAACCCGCUCUGCAACGACCCCUUCCUCGCUGGAAGAUCAGACAACUCUUACUUGUUCAGAUUGGAGAACUGCGACGCCAAUGCGGGAGCCACAUACCCCCAUCUCACGUCUUCCAAGUCCGUCUGUAAGAAGAUGAAGAAAUACAUCAACGGACAACUGGUCGUGAGCCGUGGAUGCACGUGGAAGCGUGCUGAUGACUACAGCACGCAAUGCCCAAGCGCGUCCAACGGACCUUACGAAGUGACCUCAUUCUGUGAGACCUGUGAAUACGACGGCUGCAACGGAGCAGCUACUAUCAGCAAAACCAUUGCCCUACUAGCUGCCCCCCUCACACUCCUCCUCUUCAAGUAACUAACUCAAUAAAACGCAAUUCAUAGUACAAAAUAAUAUAUUAGAGAUAUUUUUAUUGUCUACCGUGGGACCAUACCGUUUUUCCCAAUGUACAGAACCGAGUAUACCCACCGUGAAGUCUUAAGUUUUUCUCACAUCGAAGUAAUUGUAAAUUAUAUUUUCUUUUUUUAUGAGUUUCUUGAUAUGAUUGAUUAUUCAGCCAUGUUUUCAUGAAGCUUUACAGUGCCUGCCUUCAUGUUUUAAUCUAUGUUUGUGUAAUAUAAUACUUUAGUGAUUUCCAUUAUUUUUGUAAUGUUUUGUUCUCACUUGCUGGUUAAGGAGUAUUUUCUGUAAAAGUUUGUAUGUUAAGAUCUUCAGUAACUUAAUGUAUCUUCACUUAUACAUAAGUUAAGUUAAUAAUAAGUAAGCAAUAACUAAAAUAGUUGUAUUGUUCAUGUCAUUGUAUUGUCGCAAUACUUUCAGAGUGCCUUAUU